GGUUCGUCUAGUUGGACAUGUCAAAUGUUAAACUUUAUCUGUGACUUUAUCUUUGUUUUUCAGGAUUAACAGCUGUUUACCCUAUUUAAAAUACUGCAGAAAUAAUUUCUUUUCCUCUCAAAAGCGUAUAUUUACAAUGGAAACAUCGGAUAGUGAAUGUUUCGAAAGCGCUGAUGAAGAUUUGGAUUCCGAUCAUGAAGAAAAUGAUCAUACCAGAGGAAAACACCCCCAUUCUCUAAACCCUAAAGUUAUUGAACCUGAACUUUGCAAGCUUAAAUUGGAAGAGAACAAGGACUCUGAGUUUAGUGAAAUAUCUACAAAACCAGCUACAGAAAGUAGCCCUAAUUUCAAUUCUAAUAAAACUGAUAGUGAGCAGAUAUUAAUAUUAAAUGCAGAUGAUGAAAGUUCACAUAAUUUGUUGAAAGAAGCUAAAACUAGUAAACAACAUACAAAAGAAGAACUUACUAGCAUUGAGUACAAUAAUGGAAAAGAAGUUGUAUUAAAGCCUGAACAUAUAGACCAUAGUUGUAAAAAUAUUAAGGAUAUCAAAAAAGAUAACCAGUGUAAAAAAGAUGUUUUAGAUUCAGUAGAAAACAACGUUAAUGUACCAGAAAGCGAAGAAAAUUUGUGGGAUGAUGAUGAGUUAGACUGGGAAAUAGAAGGUAGCAAAGAAGAAGCACAAAGGACCGAAAAACCUCCAAAUUUACAAAAUGAAGAUAGCGGUUGGGAUGACUUUGAUGCUGAAUGGGAGUCGGAUCUAUCUAAUAGUGUAAAACCCAAUAAAAGUAAUUUAAAUGAUUUUAAAGAGACUUUAGACAAUCCAGGAAGAGAACAUGAGCAAGAUGAUCAUGCCCAAUCCAGUUGGGGAGGAUGGAGUAAUUGGGGUGUAUCCUCUAUUUUAAACACAGCCACACAAAGUGUUUCUACUAUAACAAAUCAUGUGUCGCAAGGUUUAUCUUCUGUAUUAGAAGGUAGUAUUGGAAUCCCAGAUCCAGAAGAAAUGGCUCGGAUUAAUGCAAUAAAGAAUAACAAUACUGAAGCACAAGUAACAGAGAACUUAUUUGGAUUAGAGAAUUUAGUAUCGGGUGUUUCUCACUUAACUAAAUUUGUGGAAUCUACAGGCACAAAAGUUAUUACAGGAAGUUUAGAUACACUAGAAGCCAUAGGUAAAAAAACUGUAGAAGUUCUACAGGAAGGAGACCCAGGAUUAAAGAAAAAACGAGCAUUAUUUAAAUUAGAAAGUGGUAAACCUAAUUUAUCACAAAUUUUAAGAGAAGCAAAAGAAAAAUCCGAAGAGGAAUCUAAAUAUCACAAAGAUAAUGAUAUUAAAAGAACAAAAAAUUACGAAUCCCUAUUUGAUGAUUAUCAAGGUCUUGUGCAUUUGGAAGCUUUAGAAAUGCUGUCAAAAGUUUGUACUAUUAAACUACACAACUCUAAAACUGCUUUAAGUUCUACAGAAUUGAAAGAUAUGCAAGAAACUUUAGAACAGGUAAAGGAAUUAUGUGAGCUUCCUGAAGAAGAUGAUGAAGAUAAAAUCACAAUUGUUGAAGCCCGGGAUGCUAUAGAAAAUGCCAUCAAAGAAAUAAAUAUUCCCAUUUCCUAUAGUAAACUAUUUGGUAUUUGUGAAGAAGCCAACUCAUGGCUAGGCAAUGUAAAUUUUACACUUAUCAAUGAUGUGGAAUUGCACCAACAAGCAAUUGAAACGUUGGCGCAGUUAACUGCUGCUGCAGUCGAACAGUUUCAUAAAACUGGAGAAUUGCUUAUGGUUAAGGAACACAGAAGUACAGCAGAUGAAGCUGAUAGUUUGGUGCAUAUCACCGUCACUCUAAAAUCACUUAUUUUAGUAGAAGCUAGUAAAUUCACUGAUAAAUUGAGAUCAUUUCAGGAAAUCAGCAAAUGUCAGGCCAAUGAAUAUAUAACUAAUAUUUUUUAUGAAGCAGCAAAUAGUGGGACAUACAUUCAAACAGCGUUUCAGUUAUUAAUUCCUGUAUUACAAGUUGGAGCUAUUUAAGACAAUAUGAUUUUUUUUUUAUUGUACAUUAUUUUGUAAAUAAGUUUUAACAGUCUAUUUAUGUUUUAAGAUCAAAUAAUUUUAUAUGUAUUGUUAUCAUGUAUGUAUAUGGGAAAAAAUAUUAUUUAUAAAAUA